AUGUCUCAGAAAUUGCCAUUGGAAGAAUCCAAGGACUUGGCAACAUUCCUAUUGGUCAAAAUGCAGAUGGCUUUGAUGGGUAUGCUUCUGCUGGCAACCAUCUGCUCAAUAUCAGCUGAAAGCAUCCAACUAAAUUGCUUUCAAGGUAUAAUUCUGGAAGGAACCCACGCUGGCCAGGAGACGGCUCUUCGAAAAGGCGUCCAGAGGGCCAAUCAAAAUUUGGCGGAACUGCGUCUCCACGCGCCCCUGAAGAUCACCCUCCAUCCGAUUCUGAAGCGCAUCGAGGAGGGCAGUGCCUUUGCUGCCUCUGAAGCAGCCUGCGAGUUGGUCGCCGAAAACGUCGUUGCCAUCUUCGGUCCGGACAGCAAAGCCGCCUCGGGGCCCGCCCAGUGGAUCAGCCAGCAGUACUCCAUCCCCUAUUUCCUGGCCCAGGGGGAUCUAGACACCGAUGAGACCCUCUUCAACUUCACCGUCAACCUCCAUCCGCACUUCGAGGAUGUUGGCGAGGCGCUGGUAGAUUUUAUUCAGGGAACCCAGGGCUGGGAAGAACUGGGCCUAAUUUACGCCCACGAUGACAGUAAGUACUACAAGUGGCUUCAUCUAAUCAAGUACAAAAGCCUAUUCUCUAAAUUCAGCAGAAAACUGACCGUUCGAAAGUGGGAUGGCGCCGACCAAAGGCACAAAUACAUCAUCAAGUACUUCAGGAGGACGCGGUCACAAAACAAGUUCGUGGUCGACAUUCCGCGGACGGAGACCGAGGGAUUCCUUCGACUGAUUGCCGAGUACAACAUGACAGACCAAUACUACAGCUACGUAUUCACGGAUUGGGACACCCAAUUUCUCGAUCCGAAGGCCUUUGUUGUGGACAAAGGCGCCAACUUCUCGGCCUUAUCCUUGCUGCCCCUGAUGGGUUUCAACUACCAGAUGACCGAGGACACUCACAGACCCUUUUCGCAAUCGCCUGCCUUCCUGCCUAGUCGUGGAGCAUCGUCUUCCACUGCCAGAAGCAGCCUUGUACUGAUAUUUGCUCCUAAUUCUUUCAUGAUGGUGACACGAGUCUGUUGUAAUAACGAUUCCGUUCAUUUUUUAAUGUUCUCCUCUCAGACCUACUACUUUCUGAUCUCUGACACCCUGAACCUCCUGUCGAUUGGGAUUUCUCGGCUGGCCGAAAGUCGCACAAUUGAACCACCCAGUGGACUGUCUUGUAAGGCGGCUGGGAAUUGGUCGCUCGGACCGCACCUCCUUUCAGCUAUCAAAUCGGUCAAAGGCAACGACGCCGAGGGUUCAACGGGACUGGUCGAAUUUGGAUCAGAGGGGCGUCGAAAGAAUGUCAACAUUACAAUCCUGGAGAUGGGCAAGGACGGUUUCCUAGAAUAUGGAUACUGGAACAGGAAGGAUAAAUUGGUGGUGACGAAGGACUUUUCCAAAACUAAGUCUGAAAUUCAAAAGGAACUCAAAGGCCAAACACUGCGAGUGGCUACCAUUGAGGAGAUACCCUUUAUGAUGUACAAGGGCCCGUCUGGUCACGUGAAGUCGAGUGACCCCAAGGACUGGCACGGGUUCUGCAUUGACCUCCUCAACGAAUGCGCCUCCGCGCUGGAGUUCAACUACACCGUCCAUCCAGUGGCUGACGGCAACUACGGCACCGCGACGAAAGUCAACGGCGAAGUUGUUUGGGACGGUAUCAUCGGGCAAUUGCAGUUUCGGAAAGCCGACCUCGCCGUGGCAAUGCUCACUAUCAACCUCGAACGGGAACGCGUCAUCGAUUUUACGACGCCCUUCAUGAAUCUGGGCGUGAGCAUCAUCUUCAAAAAGCCUGAACAAAACGAACCCGACCUAUUCUCGUUCCUCCGGCCGCUCUCGCCUGCGCCUAGUCAUCCCAUUUUCCGCCACACUGACCUCCUUUCCACAGCGUCUCUAUUGAUCUUGCUAAACCGUCUGCUUAGUCACCUCCGCUCCGACAUCCUCCCAAAAGCCACGUCGACCAGGAUAAUCGCCGGAUUCUGGGGUUCCUUUGCGCUCAUCAUAAUCUCCUCCUACACCGCCAACCUGGCCGCAUUUCUCACGGUCGAGAGAAUGCAGGCGCCAAUCAAAGAUGUCAACGAUCUUGCGAAGCAGACCAAAAUUAAGUACGGCACUCGAGGUGGUGGCUCAUCGGCCGAUUUUUUUGCUGUGAGUAAUUGUGACUAA